UCCACGUAAUGGAAAUCCAUUAAUGAUAUAAAUAGACUGUAUCGGCUGUUGUAAUGGUAGAGAAGUAAUGUUUUCCUAAUAAUGCACAGCACAACUGCAAACAGCAAUGCAGUCGGUGAAACAAACAUGGGCAUCACAACAACGCGGGCUAAAUAUACACAGUACGGAUCUUAUAGAAGUCGAUUGUCUACAUUCCGUGAUAUGAAAAGUAACAUUAUACAGUCCAAAGAAAUAUUAGCACAUGCUGGAUUCUUCUAUACAGGAACAGGCGAUCUUGUUCGGUGCUUCUACUGUGGAGGGGGUUUAAGAAAUUGGGACAGAUCAGACGAUCCGUGGACAGAACAUAAACGCUGGUUUCCUAAAUGUGAUUUUCUUAACAAAUUUUCGGACAGAGAACAGACCAAAUCAGAAAACAAUGUUUCAGCUCAAUAUGAACGUUCGCUUCAGUUGCCUAUAUACAUAGGCCAAGAUCUCGGAGAAAGUGGCGAAAAUGCAGUAACUCUAGAAAAUACAAAUCUCGACUUCAUCAUUGCAGCCAAGGCAGUACUUCACUUAGGAUAUAAUCGAUCCGAUGUUAGAAAUGCCUUAGAAUUAUGUAGCAAAGAAACCAGAACACAUGUAACAGCACUCCAGUUAUUGACGAAAAUAUUACAAUUGAAACAUUUAUUAGUAAGCGACAUUGAAGAUAGUACGAAUGGAAGUAAAACGCAAGAAAAUGACGACUCUUUUAUUGAGAUUGAAAAAGAAAACGUUGAUUUGAAAGAAAAAAUUUUCUGCAAAAUUUGUCAACGAACUUCAGCCGAAGUGGCUUUCUUACCAUGUGGACAUUUAGUGACAUGUAAAGACUGUGGACCAGCAGUGAAAUAUUGUAUAGUGUGUAAAACUCUUGUGAAAGCCACUGUUAAAGUGUUUAUGUCCUGAGUUCUCAAUGACAUUGAAUAAGUUUAUGAAAUCAUAUCAAUUUUGUUUGAAGAGCCAGUAUUUAUUUAUUAUUGCUUUAAAAAAUUAAAAAUAUUAUUUAAGAAUA